AUGGCCUCCUGGUCUGCCCUAGCAGUUCGACUUUACAUCAAGUACAUACGACGUUCUAAACAGAUCUUUGGAGAUGCACAGAGCAUGCGCAAAAACAUACACGAUGUCUAUAUCAACCCUCAAAGCUUCUGCCCACCUGCAGAUCACGGGCACGAUAUCGACGUGAAUCGGGUCGAUGUCGAUGACUGGCCACUGUACCGGGUAUCAUUACGGCGCAUCCUAGGGAAGGACGAUCCAUCGGAACCACGACGCGCCAUGCUUUACAUCCAUGGAGGAGCAUUCUAUCGCGAGAUCGACCCGAAUCACUGGAAGUUCGUCUUUCAGGUCGCACGUGAAACUGGACUGGACGUUUUCGUACCCAUAUACCCCCUGAUACCAAGACCGGCCGCUACAGCAAAACAGGUGGUUCCUGGUUUGGUGAACAUCUGCCGCCAGAUCAAGCAAGAUAUUGUCAAUUUAACCGGUGAUUCAGCGGGAGGGGCGUUGGCGUUGGCUACCAUGCACCACAUGUCCGACGUUGCGCCAGAUUACGCGAACAAGGUCCAAUCUGUUGUGUUGAUUUCACCUGUCCUCGACGUGACUUUCUGCCAUCCAGAGGCUCAGAAGCUAGACAGCGUGGAUCCGUGGCUCGGCAUCGGUGGCCUGCAAGUCAUCACGCCGCUGUGGUCAGCUGGCACAACUACCUCAGAUCCUCUAGUCAGUCCGCUACAUGUCGAUAUUGCGCGACUUCCGCCGCUUCUCCUUCUCUCUGGCACAGACGACAUUUUGAACUCCGACGCGAGACGACUGAAUGCUCGGUUUCAGGGCCAUGGCAGCGAUCAGUGUGUCUCUGGGAGCGUCCAGCUCGAGCGAUUUGUUUAUGUCGAGCAAGCUCACAUGAUUCAUGUCUAUCCGUUGCUUCCGCACUGGGAAGGAGAGCAGGCUCGAAAGCUUAUCAUGCAUUUCGUUCAGAGUCAUCUUAGUUAG